AGGACAAGUCUAGAGGGUAAAGAAGUCGAAGCCGCCAGUUUCGUGCAGAAGGGGUCGCAAUUUAGCGAUAACAUCGAUGUUCACAUUAUAUUAAACCUAAUUUCCCAUCUAUCUCUGUGUACCAAACUUCUCCAUCUCUUUUCUUCACUCUUCGGCCAAGCAAAUAACCAUGUCUUGCUACAAGGGAAAAUACGCCGAUGAGCUCAUCGCAAAUGCUGCAUACAUAGCCACUCCUGGUAAGGGUAUCCUUGCUGCUGACGAGUCUACUGGCACGAUUGGCAAACGUCUAUCAAGUAUUAAUGUUGAGAAUGUUGAGGAAAACCGGAGGGCUCUCCGGGAGCUGCUCUUCCUCACACCUGGUGCUCUUCAGUACCUUAGCGGAGUCAUCUUGUUUGAGGAAACCCUUUAUCAGAAGACUGCAUCUGGCAAGCCUUUUGUUGAUGUCUUAAAGGAGGGUGGGGUUCUUCCUGGAAUUAAAGUCGACAAGGGUACUGUAGAGCUUCCUGGAACCGAUGGUGAGACGACUACUCAGGGUUUGGAUGGCCUUGCCGAGCGCUGCCAAAAGUACUAUGCUGCUGGUGCUAGGUUUGCUAAAUGGCGUGCAGUGCUCAUGAUUGGUGCCAACGAGCCUUCUCAGCUUGCUAUCAAUGACAAUGCCAAUGGCCUUGCCAGAUAUGCAAUCAUCUGCCAGCAGAACGGUCUUGUCCCCAUUGUUGAACCUGAAAUCCUUGUUGACGGAGGCCAUGACAUAAACAAAUGUGCUGAUGUCACAGAGCGUGUUCUUGCUGCUUGCUACAAGGCUCUCAAUGACCACCAUGUCCUCCUCGAGGGUACAUUGUUGAAGCCCAACAUGGUCACUCCUGGAUCUGAAUCCCCUAAAGUUGCACCAGAAGUGAUUGCAGAGUACACUGUACGUGCCUUGCAGCGAACAAUGCCAGCUGCUGUCCCUGCUGUGGUUUUCUUGUCUGGUGGUCAGAGUGAGGAAGAGGCUACCCGCAACCUCAAUGCCAUGAACAAGCUACAGAGCAAGAGGCCCUGGACUCUCUCAUUCUCCUUCGGACGUGCUCUUCAGCAGAGCACUCUCAAAGCCUGGGGUGGAAAGGUGGAAAAUGUUGAGAAGGCCCGUGCUGCAUUCCUCACAAGGUGCAAGGCCAACUCCGAGGCUACCCUUGGAAAGUAUGUUGGUAGUUCCAACUUGAGCGAGGGUGCUUCCGAGAGCCUUCACGUCAAGGACUACAAGUAUUAGGACAGUUUCCGUUUUCUGCCCUCAUUUUGGUUUUUGUUUUGACGACGAGGUUGCAGGAUGGUUUACUAGGAGUAUGUUUUUUACUGGUCAUAGUAUGCUAGGCUUUUUUCUCAUCUCUCCUUCUGAGGUAUGUGAGCGGAUUUGUUUAACAAAAGCUUGAGAAAUGUCGGCUUUGUGACGUUAAAGGGGUCUUUUUAUUAUGUUAAUCUAGGUUCUGCUAUUGGAUAUUUGCCCUGUUGAUUGGGUUUUAUAAUUAGACUUCAGUUUUGCA